UCAGGAAGUGACAUCUUGCUUACUACUCUGCAUGCAAUCACUGAUUGGCCAAUCAGUGAUCACAUGACCGGGACCUCGCACAGAGGUCCCGUACGACGAUCGGUGUUCCACUGUGUCCGGAGGACACAGCGGGCACUGGAUCGCGGUGCUGCGAGCUCUCAGGGAGCGCGCACAAGCAGGGGGUGGGGAGGCCAUUUAGAAAUGGCCACCCUACCCUGCACUGCCACCAUCCAGCCAUUUAUAUACAACUGCCGGAUGGGAGGUGAUUGGUGAGUUUUCUCUUUCUCUGUACAAAAAGAAGG